AAUGGAAAAAAUGGGUGGGGGUUGGUUCAACCGGAUGCAGAAUGGGAAAAGGGUUCCGAGGAGGGUCUGGUUAAGCUUCCAAAAAUCAAUGAGAGUCCUCGUAGGUGGGAAUCAUACCUCCUCUAAGUUUUUCACUCGCUAAUCUUCUUCUCUCUCUCAUCUUCCGACUUCAAAUUUUUCUCUCUCAAUUGAAAUCAAGCUCUCUUCAUCAAACAACUUCAAUGGACACCAAGGCUUUCUUCAAUCUCCACAUCCUUAAUGCCUCCAUUGUUAGGUGUGUCCUUCUACGCUCCAUCCUCCACGCCUGCGCCAUCUCCAUCGUCUUUCUUUACCGCGCGCAGUCACUCUUCGAUUUCGCUCCCAUCGCAACCUAUUUAGACUGCGUUUCCGGCUUCCAUGGCGUCACUUUCCGCCCCGCUUCUCAAUUUCUCCGAACCCACUUCUGGGUCCCAGUCAAUUGCGGGAAAGAUGCCAACUUGACCCUCACCGUGGUCUCCGAGCUCACCGAUAACCGGUUGCUCUACCCCAGAGCGAAGAGUCUCUUUGUUGGAGAAAGAUCUUCCAUGGUCGUCUUGAAGAAGGUCCUGUACGAGGAUUCUUCCUUCGAUUUCGUGUUUUCCAAGGACCUCAACAAGGUAUCUGUCCCUGCUCUGUUGGUUCUCGAGAUUGAACGUGUUCUUAAGCCUGGUGGGAUUGACGCCUUUGGCGUGUAG